CUCUGAUGGCUGCUGGUUGUUGUUCACUGAAGACAUGAAGACAUGAAGACAUGAAGACAAGCUGCUGCUCUGAGGAGACAAACAUCACACAACCAAUCUUCAAUAAGAAACACAACAGUUGUGGUUCCGUCCAAUGUCACCCGGUCCGGUCCGGUUCGGCUCGCGAUCCACCAUCUUCCGAGCUGGACUCCCUCAAAUAACCGCAGACAUGAAGGCAGCAGACGAGCCGCCCUACCUGACGGUGGGGACGGAUGUCAGCGCCAAAUACAGAGGAGCCUUCUGCGAGGCCAAGAUCAAGACCGUCAAACGCAUGGUGAAGGUGAAGGUGAACCUGAAAGGUGAAAGUACGUCCCAGGUGGUUCAGGACGACCAGGUCAAAGGACAACUGAAGGUGGGCUCCACGGUGGAGGUGAAGACUAACGAGGGUUUAUCCAGCGAGGCCGUCAUCAGUAAGCUGUCGGACGCCAGCCUCUACACCGUGGUGUUUGAUGACGGAGAUGAGAAGACUCUUCGUCGUACGUCUCUGUGUCUGAAGGGAGAGAGACAUUUUGCAGAGAGUGAGACGUUGGACCAGCUGCCGCUCACCAACCCGGAGCAUUUCGGUACUCCGGUCAUCGGCAAGAAGUCCAACCGCGGCGGGCGGCGUUCAUCACAGGCUGUGGCUGAUGAGGAGAAGGAGUCUUCUUCCAGUGAGGAUGAGGAGGAGGACAAGAGGAGGCUGAACGAUGAGCUGCUGGGAAAGAUCUGCAGCAUAGAGAGUGAAGAGGAGAGCAGCAGCUGGUACCUGGCUCUGGUGGUGUCUCCCAGCUGUAACGAUGAAGUCGUGGUGAAGAAGGACCAGUGUCUGGUCAGAGCCUUCAGCGACUCCAAGUUCUACACGGUGGCGAGGAGACAUGUUCACACCUUCAGCUCCAUUGGCUCCACCAGGUCUGAGUUCUCCAGCAGGAGAGGUUUUGAGGCGGCCCAGGACUUCCUGAGGACCGGGGAGGUCCCAGAUGUGUGGAAGAUGGACAUGAGUCAGAUCCUGGACUCGUCCUCCAGUGACGAUGAGGACGACGAAGAGGAGAAGGGGAGCGAUGCUGACGAGGAGGACGAAGAGGAGAAGAAGAAGAAGAAGAAGUACAUAAAGGAGGAGCCGGAGGAAGAGCUGGACCCGGAGGAGAGAGACCACUUCCUGCAGCAGCUCUACAAGUUCAUGGAGGACCGAGGGACUCCCAUCAACAAGCCUCCAGUGUUGGGUUAUAAAGACCUGAACCUCUUCAAGCUCUUCAGACUGGUCUAUCUCCAGGGAGGCUGCCACAAGAUUGAGUCUGGGACCGUGUGGAAGCAGAUCUACAUGGAUCUGGGGAUCCCCGUCCUGAACUCUGCUGCGUCUUACAACGUCAAGACGGCCUACAAGAAGUACCUGUACGGCUUCGAGGAGUACUGCCGCUCUGCCUCCAUCACCUUCAGGACCAUCCAUCACAACAACCCCCGCCCGCCCACCACACCGGCCAAUCAGAGGCAGGCGGGGGCGGAGCUUGACAAGCCCUCUACGCCGCCGCCAGAGGAGGAGCAGGAGGAGGAGCCUGUCGAUGUCAAGAGGGAGGAGGCGGAGUCAGAGAGUGAGAGCGAGAAGGAGGAGGUGAAGGAGAGACAUUCGUCUCCGAGGGGGAGGAAGAGGUGUGAUCUGAGUCAGCUGAAGGCAGAGAGAGAGUCUCCCUCUGGACCAGAGAAGGGAGGAGGAGGAGGAGGAGGAGACAGGGAGGAGCAGAGGGAGGUGAGGAGACGCAGCAACAGGAGAAUGGACGACUCAGAGAGAGGCUCUGAGGAGGACGAGGAGGAGGACGAGGAAGAGGAGGAUGAAGAGGAGGAGGAGGAGGGGGAGAGGAGCAGAGGAGACGGCGGCGAGGAUGAGGAGGACGGCGACUCGGUGACAGGGACGAAGGUCCGGGUGAAGUACGGCCGAGGAAAGACUCAGAAGAUCUACGAGGCUCACAUCAAGAAGACGGAUGUGGACAACGGCGAGCAUUUCUACCUGGUUCACUACUACGGCUGGAACGUCAGGUACGAUGAGUGGGUGAAGGCCGACCGCAUCAUCUGGCCCCUGGAGAAAGGGACGAAGACGAGGCGGAGGAAGAAGGUGAAGAACAAAGACGAGCCGGAGACGGAGAGGGACAAAGACGAUGAGAGGUCGCCUUCGAUGGCGGCGGUGAAGCCUCCGGGAGCAAAGCGAGGUCGUCCUCAGAUCAGGACGACGCCCACCGGCUCUGUGGGACGCAGCGUCUCCAAGACACCCAGCGCAGAGGGACGGUCCAACGGCAAGAGCAGCAGGACGGAGACGCCGUCCAACAUGGCCAAUGGAGACAACACUCCUCGUAGGAGAACCAGGAGAACGUCGGGGAUGUAUGACUCUGACAGAGCGUCCAACGAGGAUUCUGGGAACUCAUCAGAGGACAGCGAAUCAGAAGACCCGCCUGACAAAAAAACGUCGCCAUGGCGAGGGCGGACCGAAGCCCCGCCCUGCCAGGAGGAAGAAGAGGUGAAGGAGGAGGAGACGAAUGAGGUCGCCGAUGUCACGAAGACUGCUAAGGACGACAACGCUGUCACCGUGGCAACAGCAGAUCCGCUGCCUGUCGCCACGGCAACGGCGUGUCCCAGCAUGCCUCAGGAGAAAACUGACAAAUUCUUGAUACAAUCAGAAAAGGAGGAGGAGGAGCAGGGGGAGGAGCCAGCAGUAGAAGCCGCCAUGUUGCUGGUUAACCUGGACAAGAAGACGGCAUCUGUCCAAGAGACAGACAACAUGUCUUCUGCACAGGAAGUGCUCGCCAAGACGUCCCCCAGCAGGACGUCUCCUCCCGCGCCCGGCAACAGGACGUCUCCUCCCGCGCCCGGCAACAGGACGUCUCCUCCCGCGCCCGGCAACAGGACGUCUCCUCCCGCGCCCGGCAACAGGACGUCUCCUCCCGCGCCCGGCAACAGGACGUCUCCUCCCGCGCCCUGCAACAGGACGUCUCCUCCCGCGCCCGGCAACAACACGUCUCCUCCCGCGCCCGGCAACAGGACGUCUCCUCCCGCGCCUUGCAACAAGACGUCUCCUCCCGCGCCCGGCAACAGGACGUCUCCUCCCGCGCCCGUCAACAGGACGUCUCCUCCCGCGCCCGUCAACAGGACGUCUCCUCCCGCGCCCGUCAACAGGACGUCUCCUCCCGCGCCCGUCAACAGGACGUCUCCUCCCGCGCCCGGCAUUAAGACGUCUCCUCCCGCGCCCUGCAACAGGACGUCUCCUCCCGCGCCCGGCAACAGGACGUCUCCUCCCGCGCCCGGCAACAGGACGUCUCCUCCCGCGCCCGGCAACAGGACGUCUCCUCCCGCGCCCGGCAACAGGACGUCUCCUCCCGCGCCCGGCAACAAGACGGCUCCUCCCGCGCCCGGCAACAGGACGUCUCUUCCCGCGCCCGGCAACAAGACGGCUCCUCCCGCGCCCGGCAACAAGACGGCUCCGCCUCCGCCCGGCAACAAGACGUCUCCUCCUGCGCCCGGACACAAGACGUCUCCUCCUGCGCCCGGACACAAGACGUCUCCUGAGGCGCAAGCGUCCUCCCCUCAGCCCGCCCCUGCAGAGGAGGAGGACAGCAGGUCCACUCCUCUGUCCUCCCCCAGGGUCAAAGGUCGCAGGACCCUCCUCAGGGAGACAGGCUCUGGAGCGCCUCCCAGAAUCCCCCUCUGCAUCUCCCCCGCCGCUAGCCCAGCCCACAUGGCGUCUCCUCCUCGCAGCGUCCUGAAGAGACAGGACGAGCCCAUGGUGGUCCUCCGCUGCCUCCCCACCCAGCACCUCCCCCCGGAGUCCCCCACCGCUGACUCAGACACUGACUCCGCCACCGAGGAGGAGGAGGAGCAGGGGUUACCUGAGGAGAGGAGCAGCAUCACGCUGAAACGUAAGGCAGCAGAGCAGCGAGCGGCCGACAAGAAGCUCCGCCCCGACAGGAGGCAGGAGGAGGUCGCCUCCCCCAAACCCUCCCCCGCCCCGUCCAAGAUGGCUGCCGGCGCUUCACCCAAAAGCCUGUCCUCACCUCUCCGGAGGGGGGAGUCAGAGAGGAGGAGCGAAGGAGUGAUGAAGGCAGAGGACUGGCCCCGCCCAGUGGAGGAGAUGCAGAGGGAGGUGUCGGAGGAGCGACUGAUGGGCGGAGCCAUGAAGGAGCUGGAGGUGCAUGCUGGGACGCCCCCCCCUGCCCCGGAGGCCCCGGGCCCCUCCCCCGCCGAGGAGCUGGAGCCACAGAUCGGCCCCGAGGCGCUGGUCUGCCACGAGGUGGACCUGGACGACCCGGACGAGAAGGAGAAGCCCAGCAUCGCCCCCGAGCACCUCCUCCUGAUGAUAAGGGAGUCGCAACCGGCCCCGGCCCUGCUGCCUCACCUCCUCCACGCCUCCUUCCCCUCCCCCCACCUCCCCCAGCCUCAGCUCAGGCCCUUCCUGCCGGCCGCCGCUCUCAGCUCCGCCUCCAGCCCCGGGGAGCUCCACCCAGCCAGGAGCGCCGGCGAGGAGGAGGAGAGAGGAUCAGCGAGGGGGGAAGAGGAGGGAGACUCCAGCCCCGCCUCCUCCUCCUCCACCUCCCUGCUGUCCCUGCAGGAGACCAAGGACAGAGGUCAGAAGAGAGUGAUGGACUGUAACUUGAGCCCGACGGCCAAGAAACAGAAACGCAACCAGAAACGACUCAACACACACGGGAAGGUGGAGAAGAACGGAGCAGGUCACAGCAGUGACAGUGAGGACCAGUCUCGCCUGUCUCUGUCUCAGAAGUCCCAGAAGUCUCGGUGUCCUGGUCUCUCGUCUCCGUCGUCUCACAGUAAAGAUAAACACAACUUCUCCCCUCAGAGGACGUACAAGUGGACCUUCCAGCUCGACGAGCUGGACAGCAUGUCCAGCACGGACAGGAUCUCCUUCCUGCAGGAGAAGCUGCAGGAGAUCAGGAAGUACUACAUGACCCUGAAGUCAGAGGUGGCGUCCAUCGACCGGCGGAGGAAGAGACUAAAGAAGAAGGAGAGAGAAGUGUCCAACACGACAGCGUCCACCUCGUCGGGCUCCUCGGACACCGGUAUGAGUCCGUCCUCGGCGUCGCCCACUCAGAACACCGUCGCCGUGGAGUGCAGGUGAUGACACGCCCACCCAGGCCCCGCCCACCACCACACCGUCAGCCCCGCCCCCCUCCCAACUACAGACUAAAAAAAAACCUCCCUCCGGGUCAGAGGGGGGGGGGAGACGACCACCUGACCUCAGACCUUAGCCCCGCCCCCUCACCUGUGGACUGACUUCCUGUUGGAGGAGAGAAACAUCAGCCGUCUGUUCAGCCGCCACAGAACACUCUCCUUCCUUCCUUCCUUCCUUCCUCCCUCCCUCUGAUGCGUCCUCAGUGCUUCUGCUCAGCGUCUCCUAUUUUUCAAAAUAAAGUGACAUGUUAUUUUUUGGGGGCUGAGGGGUCAAAGGUCGCUGGUUUCAUUUCCUGAAGCAGCUCGUUACUUUUCAUUAACUCUCUUUUUUUUUUUUAAGUAAACAGAAAAAGAUUUAAAAAACAAAAGUUUCCUGACUUCCUGUUGUGAUGUUUUUAUAUGAAAUCAAAGCUUUUAUUUUGGUAAAAAAACAAACAAACAAACAAAAAGAAUCUAAAGUUUCUGACGUCACAUCCGAGAACGAGAGAACAUGAAAUAUUAUGUUAGAUAUUAACUUUUGUUUUUGUUGUAAAAUAAUAAAAAAUGAAUCUUAUUUAUUUAGUUAGUGGAUGUAUGGAAGAUCAUUACUGCCGGGAAAAUAAACAGAAAUUAAAUUGAGGAACUAAUUAAAAACAGUCCCAGUGUAUCAUUUCAUUUAUCAAUAAAAUAUAUUAUUACGUUUUAUUUCAAACUUAAUUUUGCAAUUUAAUUUAGUAAAGUCAAAUUAUGAUUUAAUUUUUAAUAAAAGUCAAAAUAAUAAGUUACGUCAUAAUUUGGAGAUACAAUUUAAAUUAAAUUGAUUUAAUCUCAUAAUAAUGUCUCAGAAUUUAGAUUUAAUAUUUAAAAUCUCAGUGUUGACUCAAAGUUAAUUAAUAACCGAAACUGACUUUAUUCGUAAAAUUUUGAUAAAAGUCAAUUUUAACUUAAUAUUGAAUUAGUAAAUUCAGAUUAUGACUUAAAAUUAUAACUGAACAUUAUUUUAAUUUGAAUUAAUUUAGAUUUGUUUCUGAUGAUUUAGUUAAAUUAGUAGCUUUGAUCUUCCGUACAUCCAGAGCAGACCUCGCCUCUCUUCUUCCUCCCUGACUCUUUUUCUUCUGUGGUGUCCUGACAGACGGCUGCUUCCUGGACGUUUGUAAAUAAAAGUAAAGAGUGAAACCACUUCCUGUAUCGGAGACGUCGUCUGACGGCCUGUAAAGAGGAUUUAUAAUAUUUUUUAAGAGAAGCUUGUUUCUACGGUUCUUUAAUCAACUUCCUCCGACGACAACGUUGUUUUUUCUACGUGGCGUUUUGUUAGAGAGCGACCCUGUACACACACACACACACACACACACACACACACACACACACACACACACACACACACACACACACACACACACACACACACACACACACACACACACACACACACACACACACACACACACACACACACACACACACACACACACACACACACACACACACACACACACACACACACACACUCCCUCCCUCCCUCCUGACAGCGGACGCCAUGUUGGAUCUGUGUGACCAUAAACAGCUCUCUGUUUCUAAUAAAGUUCUGAAAUAUGUC